GCGUUGAAAUGAUUAAACUUUUUCCCUCGAACUCUGCGUUCAAAACUCGGCUCGUUCCACGCUGACACUUGCCUGACGGGCACCGGGGUGAAAGUCGGAGUUUUCGCCAUCCUGAACCCGGGAUUCCCGAACCUGAAGCCGCGGAAACAGCGCUGAAACCCCGCGUUCGAGAAACAUAUGCGAGGCGUGUUCACGCGAUCAUCUCCGCCGCCGCCGCGUAGCCGUUUGAAGGUUAGCUUUUAAUAACUCGGAGUGCUUGUGAUUCGCCCGUGCCGUACGUGCUGUGCCGCGCCGCGCCUCCCUGUGAAUAUCCCCGAGUUUUUCGAUUGGUCGGCUAUCGAUCGGUCGAAUUUUUGGAUUAUCGAAAAAUCACUAAGCGAGUUUACAAUCGAUUAGCGUGUGUAUUUUGAAACGGUGAAUUUUCAAAAUAACGACCUGUACCCGGAGUUCACAGAUGGAAAUCGGCAUUCGUGCCGAAUUUUGUUAAUUUUAAAGUUUGAUUAUUCGUUUUUCGCCUCGUUGGUUAAUCGAUCAGUCGAUGUUUUGGAUUAUCGAAAAAAAAUCAGUAAUCGAUUAGUGUGCAUAUUUUCGAACAGAAAUUUUUCAAAAUAACCUGAAACCGGGGUUCCCAGAUGGAAAUCAGCACUUGUGCCAAAUUUGAGAAUCCACUAUCAUGUGCGCUGUAUAUUUUCGGUGAUAAUUCAGCAAAAUCCGGCAUUAUUAUUUCCAUAUUUUCUCAUGAAAUCUUGUUCUUCUCCCAAAUAUCAGCACUUUUGGGCCUCAAGCUGAAAUAUUUAGAAGUCUCGUGCUAUUAAUCCAAAAUUAGAUCCAGGAACUGGUGUGUUCUAACCGACGAUUGAUCUGUAGUAAAUUAUCGUGUAAACAGUCAAUCGAAAUUUUAAUAAUCGAUUCGGAUGGCACUCGAUCAUUCGAUUAGUUCUUCGCUAAGCUGAAAACUCUAGCGGUUGACUCCGGGCGGUGUUUCCUCGUGAAAAAUGUGUCCUGUGCUCUGACCGACCUGACCAAUGGCCAGCACUUCCUCGGCCUCCCCGCAGGCCCAACCUGUUAUCGUCGCCACCCACACUGUGACACACGUGCUGACUUACGUCAAUUUAACUGGUGUUGGUCGCGUGGAUAUGUCAUGUUUCGACCUCCUGAAAGUCCUCGGCACUGGUGCUUACGGGAAAGUGUUUCUAGUCAGAAAGAAGGGUGGCGUGGACGACGGGCGGUUGUACGCGAUGAAAGUGCUCAAGAAAGCGACGAUAGUGCAGAAGAAGAAAACGACAGAGCACACGAAAACGGAACGACAAGUCCUCGAGGCUGUCCGCCAGUCCCCCUUCCUAGUCACCCUUCACUACGCCUUCCAGACCGACGCCAAACUCCACCUCAUUCUAGAUUACGUGAGCGGUGGAGAGCUUUUUACUCACCUUUACCAGAAAGAGCAUUUUUCGGAAGAAGAAGUUCGCAUUUACAUUGGCGAAAUCAUCCUAGCUCUAGAACACUUGCACAAGCUGGGCAUCAUUUACCGUGAUAUCAAAUUAGAAAAUAUUUUACUGGACUCAGAUGGUCACAUAGUUCUCACUGAUUUCGGUCUUAGUAAAGAAUUCCUGCCGCAUGAAAAGGAACAAAGAGCCUAUUCAUUUUGCGGGACAAUCGAAUACAUGGCGCCCGAGGUUGUUCGAGGUGGAUCUGCCGGUCACGAUAUCGCCGUUGAUUGGUGGAGUGUUGGCGUUCUCACCUACGAGCUGCUCACCGGUGCCUCCCCGUUCACGGUGGAAGGCGAGAAGAACACCCAGCAAGAAAUAUCUAGACGCAUUUUAAAGACGAACCCGCCAAUUCCAGAGCAUCUGUCGACGGAUGUGGUGGACUUCAUAAGUCAGCUUUUAGUCAAGGACCCAAGGAAAAGACUUGGCGGUGAUAAAGAUGCCGAAGAGCUUAAAAAGCAUCCUUUUUUCAAGGAUAUGAAUUGGGUUGCUUUAGCCAAAAAAGCAAUCAAAGCACCGUUUGUACCAAAGAUUACCAAUGAAUUGGAUGUUAGUAAUUUUUCGGAAGAAUUUACAAAAAUGACUCCUGCUGACUCUCCUGCUAUAGUUCCUCCUAAUUUUGAUAAAAUUUUUAAGGGUUAUUCGUAUGUUGCUCCCUCAGUUUUAUUCACCAAUAAUGUGAUUAGUAAGGAAAUUUUCUGUGAUCCCCAAUUGACCGACAAGAAACCUAGUUUAGCAAAUCUCAUCUACUGCAAAUUUAAGGAAUCCACCUUCUUCCAACAUUAUGAAGUUGAUGUAGAAAGGAAAGGACUUUUAGGGGAUGGUAGUUUCUCCGUCGUCAGACGGUGUGUUGAGAAAGAAACUGGUCGCAAGUUUGCAGUGAAAAUAAUUAGUCGAAAAAUUGAUGCCUCUAGAGAAAUUAAUCUAUUGCGAGCCUGCCAAGGACAUCCUAACAUUGUCAAUCUUCAUCAGGUCUAUUAUGAUGAGGUUCAUACCUAUUUAGUCAUGGAGCUUCUUCAAGGCGGCGAACUGCUGGACAGAAUCCGCCGGAAGAAGCGUUUUACGGAGACUGAAGCCAGCAAAAUCAUGCGGGAAUUAGUCUCUGCGCUCCACUUCAUGCAUUCCCGAGGUGUCGUUCACCGAGACCUAAAACCAGAGAAUCUGCUCUUCACCGAAGAGACGGAUGAUGCUGUGAUAAAAAUUGUCGACUUUGGUUUCGUCCGACUGAAGCAAGAGUCAGAAACAAUGCACACGCCUUGUUUCACGCUCCACUAUGCUGCUCCUGAAGUGCUCAACCAGCGCGCAGCUGGCUACAAUGAGAAUUGUGACCUGUGGAGCUUAGGAGUUAUUCUCUAUACAAUGCUGAGUGGCAAGCCGCCCUUUCAUUGCCCUUCCAUCGAUGAUAGCGCUGCUGCGAUCAUGAGCCGUAUCAAGGAGGGAGACUUCAACUUCAAAGCCGAAGCUUGGAAUAGCGUUUCAAUCGAAGCAAAGCAGCUCAUCAAAGGACUUUUGACUGUGGACCCCACAGAGCGCUUGAGUAUGCACGACCUCCGCUGCUCACCGUGGCUCAUGGGUAAUGGAGUUUUGUCGACCCCACUGAUGACCCCUGGAAUCCUCACCGGUGGCUCAUCAGCCCGAUCAGCGGAACUUGGUAUUAGUCUCACAUUCAGUGCUUUCCAUCAAGCCCAUCGAGAAGGAUUCACAUUACAGGAUGUUGGAAAAGCCAAGUUAGCUCAACGACGUAGAAUGAAAAAAUCAUCCAAUGAUAAUCGUAGUUUCUCAACUUCUAGUAGUUUCUCUUCUAGUUCCUCUGGUGCUUCUUCAAUGCGAACACCUCUAUCUCAUAGCAGUAGCCUGCCAAGUAGCUCAACAGUUACGCAGAAAAAACCAUUUGAGCAAAAACGCAAAGCAAUGAGUGACAAUGAAAGCAAUGUCUUCAACUUUGGUGAAUCUCGCGUUCGUGAAUACCUCUCGAGUCUCUCCUCAAGCUCAUCCUCAGACAGCAGUCGCGACUGUCCCUUAUCCACCGCCACCUUCAGCUUCACACCGCUCACGCCUCCCCCGAAGCGAAAAAAGUACUCAGAAUUAGCUUCAAAAGACCCACUGCCCAGUACCUCUGCCACAAUGCCCACAGAAAAAGAAAAGCCUAUCAACGAACUGGUUCAAGAGAGACUAGUGCCAACACAAGUUUCAGAAAAACCUCUGAUUUGCGGUCCACUGACUCGAGCCAAGAAAAGACAGCUCGACUCGGAAUCUUCUUCUAGUAGCUCCACAAGUUCGUCCAAAAAAUUGCGAGAGUCAAAGCCACGCAAACACAAGUACUGUCAUCACCAGCAUUUGAAACGCGGGCGGCAUAGGGCGAAAAAUAAGAAAAAAUACGGUACAAGUAACUCCGACUAAUUUCGUAGUUGAAAUUGCCUUAACAUAUAAUUACCAUUGUUUGUUGAUCCUUUUUGUUUCUCCAAUUGUUAAUUGGUCAUUUGCAUGCUAGCAGCGCACCGCUCUCGUGAACACCCUCGCCGGUAUUUGUGUUUUUAAUUUUUCAUAAACAAUGGAAUACUGGUUAAGUUUUUGGUCGCAAGCAAUUAAGUUACCUUUGUCUGUCGAAAGAUCGAGAUUACUCCAUCGAAAUUCCCACUUAGUCAUUGGAAAAAUUUAUUUUUCCAAGCCUCUCAUUUAAUUGUUUUAUUUCUUCCUCUUUUCAGGGUGUCUUUUUCCUAGGUGAGGUGAUUCUUAAGUAUCUCUCAUUAAAAUUAUAUGAAGCGUUUAAAAUUUUGAAACUAAAUUUUCUUUCUCUGUUGAUCAGGGAACAAAUGUAUUUGUCUCUUGAAAUAUAAUGUGUACCCUGUGUUGAAAAUUUCUAAUAGAAGGCCAAAAAAUUUGAAAAAGAUGAUUUUAUCCCCUAGACAAUUUCAUGAGUUGAUAAGGUGUUUUGAUAAAUACUAAAUGAUUUUAGUUUUAUCUAACCAUCCCUCUCAUCUUUUGCUGAUACUUUUGAAACUCUGGAUUUCUCUUUUUACCAUAUAGCGGCUUCAUAAUUUUUUUCCUAACUCUUGGUUUUGAAUCAAGAUUCGAGUGGAUAUUGCGUAAACGGUGUGCUGCUGAGCAUCAUGGAUGAAAUAGGCUCUAUUUUGUUCAUGUAUUUUUCCUCCUGUCUCUCUUGUCAAAUAAUAUUAUCGGUAAUCGAAUCUGAUAAAUAAACAGCUAUUAUUAAUAUGUUAAAGUUGUGGCGUUGCAGCAGCUAAAAUCAAAUAUAUAUAUUUUUGUUUAAAAUUGUAUCAAGUAGGCAUCUUACCAACUACCUCUUGCCUACCAAUCUUUCAGUAUGAUUGCGAACCAUUAAAUAUUUGAUUCAAUCCUAGUAACUCUAUAGUAAAGAAAAAAUUACCCUAGUAAUCAUUUACCUAGAAUGCACAAAUCGAUGAAGAAAACAAAAUCUCUUUUUCAAAGUAUAAAAAAUUGUUACUUUGCCAGACCUUAUUUCUCCCCUAAUUUCAAGGCUCAUUUGUCAACAAUUUUUAUGCCGCUAAGUCCAUAAUUUUCUUUUAAAGUAGCCCCAAUUUAAGUCAAAUGAGGUUGCUUCAAGGUGCACUUAAUACCACGGGUGUCACUUAUUGAUCGAAAUUUGAAAAAUAAUAAAAUUAAACAUUUUAAUAACAUAAAGAAGGUGAACUACUGAAAAAUGUAUUAUAUUAUCAUAGUGUAAUUUUUUUGUAGCAGACUCUGAAAUAGUUGAGAAUAUUUUGAAAAUUGUCUCCAAGCAUGAAGGACAAGUUUGCUACAAAUUCUCAAAACUUUUGAAAGUGAAUAUAAUCCACAUGCUUGAUAUUGAGUAAGGAAAUUCCUUUAAGGAAAUAUGCUCUACAUCUUGGAUUGAACCCAUGCCAAGUAAAUUGACCAACUUUUUGAGCGUGAUGAACGGUGUGCUGCAUUUGUUUUAGCAUCUAAAGCAUCCGGUCUCUCUCCAAGAGUUGAUGAGCUUAUUAUACACUGACUAAAAAUCUCAGAUUUUUGAACUUCUGAAAAACAAGUCACCUUGAAGGAACCUUUGAUUCAAAACCUUGCAAGUCCCUCAAUGAGGAAAUUAUGCUUGCAAGACAACGGCCUAAAAAAUUUGUUCAAAUAGAUUGUAGGUUCCCUUGAGAAAAUUCAUCAUUGGAUCUGCUUGACUGUGGUCCUUUUCCCCUCAGCACUCUGCUUAAGUAUUUUUUGUAUUUUAAUCAGUUCAUGCAGGUUUCAUGACUUGAGUUUGUGACUCUUACACUGUGCUCUCCUGUAAUUUUUCUCUCUCUCGUCUCAAAUUUUAAGUAUUUUAGUAAUUACUUAUCUCUCUACUGCCACUCAUGGUUUCGGUAGUUUCAAGAAGAAAAUGAGGAAUUGAGUCCUGUGUAUGAGGACGGUUUACCUACACUAUCAAUUCCAUUUACCUUUGAAAGCACUGCAUUAGGCACUUCAUGUUUGCUGUAUGUACCUUUGUUCAUUUCUGCUCCUUUCUCCUAAAAAAAAUUUUGACUGCUUCAUUAAUAUCUCUGCCUCAAUUUUGUUCAGUUGGCAUCUCUGUUCACCUAAAGCAUUUAUCAGUUGGUUUAAAUUUUUGGAGUAUAAACUAUUCACUGGCAUUUAUUGAAGUUGCGCAAAUGCAUUUUCAUGUUUCUGUUAUUUCUCGUUUCCCUAUUCAGUUGUUAGCUGAUUGAGACAGGGCGGGUGACUUCAUUCUCAUUUUCGGUGUACCCUAAAUCUGUUUUAAAAAUUUCUAUGGAAAGUGAUCAGGUCCAAAACUCUGUCAAAAAGUUGACUUAACAAUUGCUUUUUUGUUGCCUUCAUUAAAACAAUGUGUCAUCCAUAGGACUAAGGGGUCGCUUUGUAAAGUGAAAAUUAGAAAGGCCAAACUUCGUAAACUUUCAAAUGACAACAUAAUUUAUUGAGGCUUAUUAUCAAUAAGCUUAUGACGAGGUACCAAUUGUUGGGUAAUAUCGGUCUUUUUGGCGGCCCUGUUUGCUACUUUCAGUACCUGAUAACCUCUGUAUUUGCCCAAGUUCAAGUAAAAUCUUCACCCAUGGAGUGUUACCCCAAGAUUUUUAUUAAGAGAAAUGUAAAUACAAAUAUGAAGACAGAUGGCUACAAAGUUACUUAUAUCCAUAAAAAUUAGAAAAUUAUCUAAAAAUCAGUUUGGUUGUCAGUCAGCCAGACACAGUUUUUACGAUGUUAUGUUUUAGAAUUGUUGGCUACACCUGCAAUGGCAAGUAAAAAUAAGAGCCUGUAAGACAAUCUUCAGGGUCAUUUUUGUGCUUGCCUCAUAUUUGGCCGUGUGCAGUGUUUUUUUGAUGACGUGGUUAAAAAAUAAGUAUUAUUCAGAAAGGAACCAAGGACCGGGUGCCAGUUCAGUAUUAAAUAUCGUCAGAAUCUUUUUCUACUUAAUCGGCUGAUGGCUACAUCAAAAAAUGUAUUGUAACUUGCCUAUUACUGAAUUCACAGUCUAUAAGGUCUCAGUUCCUUGUGAAGUGUCAUUAAAUUCAUCAUUAAAUUUAUUUCGUUUCGUCUAUAAUUUUUUUUUUAAAGAAAAUAUCUGUAUUUUUGCGUGUCAGAAUCUCAAGCUGAACAAAAAGUAUUAGUAGCCCUUGAAGUCUCAGGGAAAUCUCUGCAAAAUGGAUCAUUUAUCAAAAUUGGCACUUCUUCCUUGGUUAUUCAGCAAAGUAUCAAAAUCAGGUCCACCUCAGAACUAUCACAAUUUUUUAAGCUGCUUUGUUUAGUUGUUUCAUCAUGAGCAAUUAUUUUCGCUAGUGCGAUUGAAUCUAUCUUUGUAACUAAAAUUAAAUUUAACUUUAGUAAGGAACGGGGAAUGCACAACCCGCAGAGUGUUUUGUCUCAACACUGCGUGGCCUUUGAAAUUUAUUGUUGAAUACCUAAUUACCAGUUUUAUCGUCUAGUGUAUAAUUUAGUCAUUCUAUUUAUUUUCUUUCAUUGUUUGUAAGUGUUAAUUUUUUAUUUGUGUUGUAUGGAUUCUAUUGUCACAGAAAUUAAUGCAAACGGAUUAUUUUAGAUGCGUGAAUACUUACUGGGUUGUAGUUAAUUUGUGCAGGCAUCAGUUUUAACUGACAAGCCAGAAUAUCCUCAUCGAACAGUCCCUGUAAUUUGUUCUUUUCUCACUGUAUCUUAAUUUCAAAUUCCUUGUUUUAAUUCUACGUUUAUCUAAUUUUAUUUAAUUUUUUGUUGUAGAAUAAUUUCUCAAACUGGCCCAAUCAAAAGGGAACUGUCCUUUAUUCAUGCCAAUCAAGUUAGUUUCUCAAAUUGAUCAAAAAUGAAGCAACUGGAAUAAUGAGUUGAUAAUGCAAUAAAGCAUUGCAUAUACAUUGGCACGCAUGAAGCUCUUUACGAGUAUCACUGUUAAUAAUGACACUUAUCAAGUAUUACUGCCUCCAACUGCGUAGCCCUUUCGCAGCUUACAAACUUAAAUUAAACUCUGGUACCUAAUCAAGUGCGCUCUUGCCUUAUACUUAUUUACAUUCAUUCAAGAAUCCAGCAGUAGUGGUAUGUUCUUAUGGCUAAUAAUCUAACUACUUAUUUUUCCUCCCCCACCCCCAUGUUUUCAUCUUGUUUUUGUUUUUGCUAGUUGAGACCACUCAAAGGAUCCAAAAUUAUUGUUUUAGAUGAUCGUUUCCAUUACUGUGAUAAUAAUUAGUAAUUAGCUGAAUUCUGUUGAUCACAUGAAUCGAAGAUGAAUAAAUUGUACAGAUAGUUAGAUUAUUUUCAGUGAUGUCCGUCGUGUACAGCCGACAAUUUUAGUAAACGAAUAAUUGUAAAUCAGACGGAACACUCUUGUAAUUUUAGUUGUGCUUAGCCUCAUUGUAGUAAAUUUUGUUGACUUUAUAGAUGUUUAUUUUUUAUCCACCCUAAAUCGUGUAUCCUCCCACUUUCUUCUAAUCUGAAAUCCUUGUUAAGUUCAUCAGGCCUGGCUUAACUUAAUUUCAAAACGUUUAAUCUAUGAAUUUUUAUGUUUAUCAUAAAACAUUUUUUUUAUUGAAUCAUAUUUGUACUUGCUACAAGAGAUGGAAUGACUAGUCAUCCCUGGCUCCUGCCAUUCAUCCUUUAAAAUGUCCAGUAUUCAUAGAGAGUCCAAUCAGUUAAUUUGGCUGCAGGCUUUUCGUUCCGAGUCUAGCACCGCCCUAUUUUUAACUCAGUAUUUUCUCUUUUUAUGAGUUUCCAAAGGAUGCACUAAAAUUGGAGUUAUUUUGCAAUAAUAUCGCCAAUUUGGUUUGAUGAAGUAGCAAUUUUUUUGUUUAUAAUUUUUUAAACGGAACGAAUACUUUCUAUAAUUGAAUUGGAACUUUUUGUUCCCGAAAAUGCUCAGAUUGUCAAAAUGUAUGUGUGUUUUGUUGCAUUGAUAUUCUAGUAUGUUUAAAUUUUUUCUUUUCUUAUUCUUUUUUACGAAAACAAUUGAGGUCAUAAAAUGCGAUUGUACCUCAGUAUUUGUAAUUUGAAUGCAUAAAGUUAUCUAGCUGAACUUUGUCGCGUUUAUUGUUUUUCAUUUUUCUACUGGAUCAAAAUUAAUUUUUCCGAGGAAAAAGAAUGUAUUGAAAUCAGUGUAUGUUCUUCAAUUAUGGUUUGAAUGAAGCAAGGUUUUUGCGUAUUAUAACUAAGAAUGUUUGUCAAAAUUGAAUUAACAGUAAUUGUUGAACUGAAUCCAUUGUACAUUAAAAAUGUAAUGUCACUUUCUAGUAUGUCUUGUCAAAUUUUUUGGCAGUCCUUUUCUGUGGCAUUGCUUCUAGAAUCACACAAGUGCAUCACAUCCGACCAAUUUUCCUCAUCUAAUUUUGCAUCAUUGGGAAAAAGUACCUCGCUCAAAGUUUAAAUGACAAGAAUUCAGUGACUCACUUUAGUUUUCACCCAUUAAGAAAUUCUCAAGUUUUGCUCUAUUCUUGUGACUGUAAAAGAAUCCUUGUCAUUUUAAGCUAUUGGCUCUGUAAAUUGUAGAGUCAACAUAUUAAGCAGCCACUGUAUUUAUUUUUUUCCCUGAUUAGUGAUUUUGCAAUAAAUUUUCGAUGUUUGAAGUUGGAUUACGUCUUUCAACAAUUAUUGACAUCAGUUCUUCAAUCAUUUCUCCCAUGUUUUAUUGUCGAGGGAAUGAGUGUUUCAUUCAAAUCCAGAAAUGUCUACCUUGCUGAGUUGAGAUUUUAAUGAGUAAAACCUCAAAUAAUUUUUCAGUGAAACUUACUUCACCAAAGUUGAACGAGUUCAACCUUGCUAAAUUCUCACUGUCACCAGCUAUAUUUUUCAAUCACUCUCUUCCUUAUUCUAAUUUUACAUUUGAUUUUUCUCCCUUUUUCUCCUUCUUUUGUCUGUUUACUUGACAAUGAUCAAGUCAGUGCUGGGCCUGUUACUUGAGUGUCUGAAUUAUGCUUUUCAUCUGUAAGUUAGUGAAUUUUUAGAUUAUUAUUUUGUUACCUUUUAUAUCCCUAUCCUGUCAACAUUACACCACUCUUCUUUGAUGCAAGAGGACUAAUUUCCCCCUUUUUCAGUGAAUUAUGAACAUAUCUAUAUUUUUGUGUGAUAUGUGAUAAUACAUGAAAGUUCAUUUCAUCUGUUUAAUUUAUACAAAAUAUAAUUAUAUUUUAUGUUA